UCAAUGCCACAAAAUUUAUUUUACUUUUUUCAUUAGAUAUUUUUCCCUCAAAAUCUUUACGUGCAAGCGGUUGUUUUUCCAGCUCUUUAAUUUUUAUAUUUCUUCGCUUAUUAGCAAAUAAUUAAACGUGAUUUUUUUAACCAUAACGUGCAGUUACAAAACAAUUGACUAAAUUACGAUUUUGUUAUUGAAAAUAAAUAAAUAAAAAUUGUAUUGGCGUGCUGCAUGGCCACAGCAACAGAAAAUUUGUGGGUAGCACAACAAAGACUGUUGAUAACAACAUGGAUAAAGAAACAAUUUCCUUGGUUUGAAGCUAUGCAGGAUCAUUUGCUCAAUAUAUCAAAUGUUGUGCCGCAACGUUUCAUCUUGUGUUUUUUCGGUUUCCUCGCCAUUGUCAAUGCCUAUACAAUGCGUCACUGUUUGGAUAUCGCUCUGGCGCAUAUCGUUGCACCCAAACGUAAGCAUGUGCGCAUGCCAAAUCUCGAUACCGUUAAGUUGAGUUCAUUCAAUUUAUAUGAACGCAUGGAACAACAUCGGAAUGGCACAUUAUUGAGUUUCAGCAAUAGGCAUCAUGGCAAAGAUGAUACCUAUGAUUGGUCUGAUCAGCUGCAAACAUUUAUUUUAAUCUCUUUUUAUGUGGGCUAUGUUUUGUCACAUAUGCCAAGUGCUCAACUUGCGAUGCGUUAUGGUGGCAAGUGGGUGCUCGCUAUUGGUUUGGCCAUAAGCGCAUUGCUUACGAUGCUCACACCAGCUGUGGUGAAAUGGGGUGGUCCGCUGGCACUUAUAGUAAUACGUUUGCUAAUUGGCUUGAGUGAAGGACCAACGUAUCCAGCAUUAAGCGAACUGCUCUCCAAAUGGGUACCGGGUAAAGAACGUGCUACGCUAGGCUCAUUGGUGCUUAGUGGCAGUCAAAUUGGUAUUUCAAUGGGUAAUUUUAUAGCCGGCUUGCUGUUACAUCGCUACGAUUGGUCGUUGAUUUUCUAUUACUUUGGUAUAUGCACUUUACUUUGGUUCAUUGGUUUCAUAUACAUGUGUUACAAUACGCCAGAGGAGAAUCCAUUUAUGAAAGUGACGGAAAAGCAAUAUCUGCAAAAAGAAAUCGGUUUAGUAGAGCGUUGUCAGCAUAAAACUACGAAAACUCCAUGGAAGGACAUUUUUCGUAAUUUACCUAUGUGGGCACUCAUUUCAGCCACUAUACAAUAUGAUUGGACACAGCUGCAACAUGCGGCUGAAGUUCCACAAUUUAUAAGAGACGCCAAGCAAGAACCGUUAAUUGAAAAUAUUAUCAAUGGUUUGCAGAAUCAAAUGCCAUAUAUUAUGAAUUGGUUGCUGUCAGUGCUGUCCGGUGUGAUCUCGGAUUUACUAGUCAACUAUGAGAUAUUCUCCGUGACAGUUAUGCGAAAACUUAUGGCAUUCGUAGCUGCAGUGGCACCAAAUCUGUACGAUAGUCUGCUGCCUUGUUUAACUUGCAAUGAAACGAGCAAUUUAUUUGCCUUCUGCCAUUGCGCCAUAAAUGUGCUGGGUAGUUACUAUGCGGGCAUAAAAUUGACACCGUUAGAUAUGAGUCCGAAUUUUGCAGCCACACUUAUGGGUAUUGCGAAUGGGAUAGGCUCGCUUACUGGCAUUGUUGCACCCUUUAUCAAGCACUCGUUCGUUGGUUGGUCACAAUUCAAACUUGUACGCGCAUUUUUUUGGCUAAUAUCAACGCUGCUGAUAUCGGGUGAAAUACAACCAUUUGAUCAACUAAUUCCUUUGACGUCAGAUUCGAAUAAAAUUGAAUAAAAUUUGCGAUUUUUUGUUGUACUAAGCAAUUAAAAACUAAAAAGUGUGCCUUUAAA